GCAUUUGCUCGCGUGACCUGCUGCAUGUCCGUGUCCCGCAGCACUCGGCUGCUUACUGCGUCGUACCGAGUGGGGCGGAGCGGGGCGCGACUGCACAGUCAAGAUCGCUUCCACAGCUUGAAGACACCAUCUUCCACACAAGCUCUCUUACCCAAGCCACGCCCACUCCAUAUUACUGCUUCCAUCGGCUUCACGACGUCGAACUCGUCGCAACGAACCAGUAAUCAUAGAACUUCUUCUGCCCUUGCACUUAGGACCUCUCAACGACGCCAUUGCUCAUCGACCGCCUCGAGUCGUCUCGUCAGGAUGUCGUCCGAUCGCGAGGUCCUUCCCACGUCUGUGAAGCCUUCCAACUACGCCAUCUCUCUUUUCGACCUUCAACCUGGUGAACCAUGGACGUACCAGGGCAGCCUUACCAUCGACCUCGAAAUUAAGGAACCUACCAAGUCCAUCGUUCUAAACGCCCACGAGCUCAAGGUCCACUCUGUCGAGAUCUCGUCGGAAUCAGGCAAGACCGCAUCGUCAGUAAAAGCCUCAAACAUCGACUAUGACACGAAGAAUCAACGAUGCACCUUCACCUUCGACCAAGAGCUUCCGCAGAGCCCGAAAGCGGUGCUCUCCAUAGCAUUCGAGGGCACGAUGAACAACCACAUGGCCGGCUUCUAUCGAUCAAAGUACAAGCCUGCUGCUCCUGCUGCGGCGGGUGUUGCGAAGGAUGCCGAGAACCACUAUAUGUUCUCCACUCAAUUCGAGUCGUCCGAUGCUAGGCGAGCGUUUCCAUGCUUCGACGAGCCGAACGUGAAGGCCACCUUCGACUUCGAGGUCGAGAUACCCGAGGACUUGGUCGCAUUAAGCAACAUGCCAGAGAAGGAAGUCAAAAAGAGCAAGAAGAGCGGGCACAAGGUGGUCAGCUUUGACCGGACACCAAUUAUGUCGACAUACUUGCUAGCUUGGGCAUUCGGAGACUUCGAGUACGUCGAAGACUUCACGCGGCGGAAGUACAAUGGAAAGAAUUUGCCCGUGCGGGUGUACACGACGAGGGGGUUGAAAGACCAGGGACGCUUGGCGCUCGAUUCUGCGCACAAGAUUGUCGACUACUAUUCAGAGAUCUUCCAAAUAGAGUAUCCUUUGCCGAAAGCUGAUUUGCUUGCUGUACAUGAAUUUUCUCACGGCGCAAUGGAGAACUGGGGCCUUGUAACAUACCGAACCACAGCAGUACUCUUCGACGAGUACGCUUCGGAUCAGAAGUACCGGAACCGCGUCGUUUACGUAGUGGCUCACGAGCUGGCACACCAAUGGUUCGGCAAUUUGGUCACCAUGGACUGGUGGAACGACUUGUGGCUUAAUGAAGGCUUUGCUACUUGGGUCGGAUGGCUUGCGACUGACCAUCUGUACCCGGACUGGAACGUCUGGGGUCAAUUCGUCACGGAAAGCAUGCAGACGGCGUUUCAGCUUGAUUCACUACGGACCAGUCACCCUAUUGAGGUGCCGCUCAGGAACGCAUUGCAGGUCGAUCAGGUGUUUGAUGCUAUCUCAUACCUGAAAGGCUGCUCCGUUAUUCGCAUGCUGGCAGCGUACCUUGGUGAGAAGACCUUCCUGGAGGGCGUUGCAGCCUACCUCAAGACACACAAGUACGGCAACGCGCAGACUGACGAUCUCUGGGCUGCGCUGUCGAAAGCUUCUGGCCAAGAUGUCAAGGCGCUCAUGGAUCCGUGGAUACGAAAGAUCGGGUUUCCGGUAGUUACUGUAGCAGAAGAGCCGGGCCAGAUCAGUGUGAAGCAAUCUCGCUUCCUCUCCUCAGGCGAAGUGCAGCCGGAUGAAGACAAGACGGUUUGGUGGAUUCCAGUGGGCUUGAAGACAGGUCCCAACGCCACCGAUGCGCAGCGUGAGCCACUUACGACGAAGGAAGAUACCUAUCGCGACAUCGACACCAGCUUCUACAAGCUCAAUGCGAACCAGACCGGCUUCUACCGAACCAACCUACCGCCACAGCGGCUAGUCGAGCUAAGCAAGGCGCUGGACAAGCUGUCAGUGACCGACAAGAUCGGCCUCAUUGGCGACGCUGCCGCUAUGGCUGCCGCGGGCGAAGGUAAGACGUCCGCCGUCUUGGCAUUUAUGGAAGGCUUCACCACGGAGGAGAACUACCUCGUCUGGUCGGAGGUGCUUUCCAGCCUAGGCAAGAUCCGCUCAAUCUUCUCUUCAGAUGAGGAAGUGUCGGCAGGCCUGCGCAACUUCACGCUCAAGCUCGUCACAUCCGCCACUGACAAGAUUGGCUGGAGCUUCGGACCCCAUGACGACUACCUUCUCGGGCAGCUACGCGCUCUGCUGAUUACCACAGCUGGCGUGACCGGACACGAAGCCACCAUCAACGAGGCAAUGAAGCAGUUUAAGGCAUACAUGAGCGGCGACAAGCAGGCGAUCCAUCCAUCGCUGCGCGCAGCCGUCUUCAGGAUUGCCAUCAGACACGGCGGCGCGGAGACGUACAAAGCCGUGCAGAACGAGUUCCUCAACACCACCUCCAUUGACGGCAAGGAGAUUACACUGCAAUCAAUGGGCCAGGUCCAGACCCCAGAUCUAGCCGAAGACUACCUUGCCUUCGCCUUCAGCGGCAAGGUCGCCACGCAAGACGUGCACUCAGUGGGUGGCUCAUUGGCAAACAACAGCAAAGUCCGGGACGCAGUCUGGACGUACAUCAAAGCUAACUGGGACAUGAUCCGAGAUAAACUCAGCGGUAAUAUGGUGGUGCUUGAGCGCUUCUUGAGGAUCAGUCUGCAGAAGUUUGCCAGCUUUGAGGUGGAGAAGGAUAUUGAGCGGUUCUUUGCGGAUAAGGAUAAGGAGGGGUUUGAUAGAGGGUUGUCGGUGGUUAGUGAUACGGUGAAGGGGAAUGCGAAGUACAGGGAGCGCGAUAUGGCGGUCCUAAAGGAGUGGCUUAGCGCGCAUGGGUAUAUGAAGCGAUAGGUAGACCGUGCGGCUUCGAAGCACUUUACAGAUAGGUAAACAUCUAGCUAACCCCACCUACGAGAUGUACACAGCGAGGCCCGCGGACCCGACGCAAGACCGUUCCAUCACUCCAGAGUGAUGGAUAUUUGGUAUAGUGAGGUCGAGGAAGUGACGUCGUUGAUCUGCCGGCAUGAAAGACAGUUC